AUGUUGGCCAUCACUCUCCUAGCCUUUCUUUGUGUCUCAGCCUCUGCCGACGAUGAUCACGCCAGGUCCUCCUCUGAUAACGGAGAAUAUGGAGGUACUGAUGGAAAGCCAUUCUCUCAUUCUGUCAACCAGUUGGAAGGCCCCAUCACUGCCAUACGUGUCAGAGCCGACAAAAGCUACAUUACAGGUCUCCAGGCACGCUACAGCAAGUCGUGGGGUGACUAUGUAGGUGGCAAACAUGGAGACCUGAAAGAGAUCUCUCUGUACCCUGGGGAAUCCGUGAUUAAGAUAUCUGGCAAACACGACGAUAAUCUGAGGAAGCUGGUCUUCUUGACAAACCGAGGCCGCCUGCUGUCUUUUGGAAGAGACACAGGCACAAGUUUUAGUGCUGCUCCCUUGCACCCCAACAUGGUCCUUCAGUUCAUCAGUGGCCGAGCUGAUGACUCCAUCAGAGCCAUUGGCCUGCACUGGGGUAUCAACCCUGGGAGUCAGGACAGCCAGUGAGCACUCAGCUUCUUGUCUUACGAGGGACACUGUGUGAGAACCGCCUUGUCACCAACCCCUAUGCAAACAGUCUAACAAACGCACAUGACUAAA